CCCCCUCGCCGUCUAUUCGCUACUCUCGUUGCUCUUCGCCAAGAUACCACCGUCUGGACCCCAUCUCCGAUCUCAUCAAUCAAGACAGCCGCCGAGUCCCGCUUCCACGUUACCAUCGACGUGUCCAGCUCUCCUGAUCUUGCGGCCUCGCAUAUCUUACCGGGACAGUACCUCCAGCUGCGGCUCCCUGAUGUGGAGAAACCUUCUUUCUUAGCCAUAGCGUCUCCGCCUUCACAGUCAGCCUCAACUGGAGCUUUCGAGUUUUUGGUGAAGAAGGUGGCGGGGUCGACGGCGGAGCUUUUGUGCGGCUUAAAGAAAGGGGAUGUGGUGGAGCUUACUCAAGCGAUGGGAAACGGCUUUAAUAUUGAUAAGAUCGAUCCGCCUGAGGAUUAUCCGACGGUUUUGAUUUUCGCUACUGGAUCAGGAAUCAGUCCAAUUCGCUCUCUCAUUGAAUCAGGAUUUGGUGCUGAUAAGAGAUCUGAUGUCGGGCUCUAUUUUGGUGCCAGAAACCUUAGGAGAAUGGCUUAUCAGGAUAGGUUUAAAGACUGGGAAUCUUCUGGUGUCAAGAUUGUGCCAGUAUUAUCACAGCCAGAUGAUAGUUGGACUGGUGAAAGUGGCUAUGUACAGGCUGCCUUUGCUAGGGCUAAGCAAAUUCAUAGUCCUAAGGGCACUGGUGCCGUGAUUUGUGGACAAAUACAAAUGACUGAGAAAGGAGGGAGCAGACAUGGAAGUGGAGAGGGAACCAGAAAUAGAGCUGACAUAUGCAUGAGGAAUCAGGAAGGAGUUUGAUUUUCUUAUUUUGCUUUGAAGUAGACAUGGUCAUUAGGGGU